AAACAUGGGGAACAAACAUAUAAUGAGUGUUCAUCCAAGUAUUCAACACAUCUCUUACAUUUUUGAUAAAAACAAAAUGCAAAAUGAAAGUUAUAAAUUUUCUGUUUACGUGAGAGUCACAACCUAGACGGAUACUUAGACGGGUUUAGGCAGGGGUAGGCGGGUCUAGGCGCACUUUCUUGAUUUUCAAACACUUGGGACUAAUCGAGGCGGUGACUAACCACCUAACGUCUUUAAAAUAGUGUCUCCAACCCUCCAAGUACAUAUAGUAGGCGGCGUGGGUGGAGAUUUUUGGAACAAUGUCUCCAACCCUUCAAGUACAUAUAGCCAACAAUUAGACCAAAGAUUAUCUAGGGCUAACAGAGAGUCACAACAUGCCUUUGGACUUUCAUGAAGCCCCAGUUUUCAUUUUUAUUACUAAUUAGCCUUUGAUUUAGUGGUAGUUGUCUUCACUUUGUUGGAGGACAUUUCAGGCUUAACUCGCAUACAUUAACUACAAUAUAUGUUAUAUCAUGAAUUCAAUUCCUCCUUGCAAUGACAAAUUUUGUUGAGUGUAUAUUUAUUCUGCUAUAAAAAUAUCUUUCUAGAUAUCCGAUUAUUUAUUGAGAAAAAAGAUAAUAAGAAAUUUAAGUCAACUUGAGUAUGAACUAAUGCUCUUUUUUCUAGGACUAGAAUACAUCAUCCUAGUAUCCUACCACUUAGAGCAAUACGAAUAGUCCCAACCUAGCCGCCUUCUUGAUCCCAUUAAUUACACAAAUGCAGUUCUACCAAACUCAACUGAAUAAAAAGACAAUCUAGUGCCUCUACCACUCUCCCCAGAUAACAUAAUCAACUGUAUCUGCACAAUUUCAUGCACUUUUCCUUUGUCAUUGACACUCUCACUCUCUAUAUAAAUAUACCUCAAGUACUCACUACUCAGUACCAUUUGAACUGUCACAAAGUAUUAGUGACAACUUAAUUAGAGAAUUUAUAUAUUCGUAUUCCAGAAAAUGGAUCACAAACUUUCCUUUCUUAAUACCUUGCUUUGCCUCUUGUUCCUAAGCCCUAAUCUUGUGUUCUGUCAGCUUGAUUUUAAAUUCUAUGAUUCAACUUGUCCCAACCUGACCAAGAUUGUUCACUUUGGAGUUUGGUCAGCUAUUGCAAAUGAUACUAGAAUUGCGGCCUCACUUUUGAGGCUUCACUUCCAUGAUUGCUUUGUUAAUGGAUGUGAUGCAUCAUUGCUACUUGAUGAUACCAGCAGUUUUAAAGGGGAGAAAAAUGCUGCACCCAACAAAAAUUCAGCCAGAGGUUUUGAGGUGAUUGACACAAUCAAGUCAAAGGUGGAGGAAGCUUGCCCAUCCACUGUUUCUUGCACUGACAUAAUCACUCUUGUAUUAAGAGCAGCCGUUUAUUUUAGUGGAGGGCCAUAUUGGCCAGUACCCUUGGGUCGUAGAGAUGGCACAACAGCAAGUGAAGAUGCAGCUAAUAAACAAUUGCCAUCACCCUUUGAGCCCUUGGAAAACAUCACUGCAAAGUUCACAGCCAAAGGCCUUGACUUAAAGGAUGUAGUUGUGCUCUCAGGUGCACAUACAAUUGGGUUUGCUCAAUGCUUCACUUUCAAGACUAGACUCUUCAACUUCGAUGACUCUGGCAAACCUGACCCAACACUGGACACUUCACGUUUACAAAACCUGCAACGCGUGUGCCCUAAUCAAGCCGACUCCGAUACCAAUCUGGUUCCUUUUGAUCCAGUCACUUCAGCCAAGUUUGACAACAUCUACUAUAAAACCCUAGUCAACAAUUCUGGACUUCUCCAAUCAGACCAAGUGCUUAUGGGGAAUAAUAGAACUGCUUCCAUGGUUCUUAGCUACAGCAAGUUUCCAUUUCUGUUUAACAACGACUUUGGAGCAUCGAUGGUGAAGAUGGCCAAUAUUGGUGUACUCACAGGAAGCAAUGGAGAAAUCAGGAAGAAUUGUAGGGUGGUGAAUAAGUAGGGUAUACUGCAUUAUUGAUGUUAGUGUGUUUGUGUUAAAUGUAUGAUGUUGAAAAUGUCAUAAUACCAUGUUUAGGAGUUUCUAGUGAGAAUCCUAUGGCUUAUAUAUGUACAUGUAUGAUGUUGGUAAGUAAAAGUUAUGCUUAAUAGUUAGACGGAUAAAAGGAUUAACGAUGAAACAAAUUGUAACUUGUGUUUUUGCCAACUAGUAAAAGAUAUAUCUAU